AUGGGAGGAGGGUUCGGGAGGUCGCUUCUGGGGGGGCACAGCGUCCACAGGAGGCGCAGGAAACACCACAGAACUCACGAGGAGAAGCCUGGCAAGGCCUGGGAAACGGUUGGCCCAGGCCCUGAAAAGACUUACAAUUCUCGCUGCUGCAGCAGCAGCAGCACAGCGUCCACCUCGCAGUGCUACAUGAGCCCUGGGGCACUCCACUUCGUGCCAGAGGCACGGCGGCGGGGGUAUGUCGACCCCUAUUCCAGGCUCCGUGGGGCUUCGGAUGAACCAGAACUUUGGGGCCCAACCCUGGGAUGUACGAUGGGGGGGGCGUCCAUCUUCGAUAGGGGUGCGUCCGAAUAG